AUGGCGAAAGAGAACGCGGCGCUCUCCGCCCUCCCCGAGACCCCCGUGUCCAAGGCCAAGGCAGGGCUCGCCUCCCGCCCGCCCAAGUCCACGGCCCUGAAGCGCCUGGGCGAGGAGCCCGAGGAGCCCGAGAAGCGGCGGGGGCGCCAGCGGUACGUGGAGAAGGACGGCAAGUGCAACGUGCAGCACGGGAACGUGCACGAGACCUACCGCUACCUGACCGACAUCUUCACCACCCUGGUGGACCUCAAGUGGCGCUUCAGCCUGCUGGUGUUCAUCCUGGCCUACGCCGUCACCUGGCUCUUCUUCGGCCUCAUCUGGUGGCUCAUCGCCUACUGCCGGGGCGACCUGGAGCACCUGGGCGACGACGCCUGGACGCCCUGCGUCAACAACCUGAACGGCUUCGUCUCGGCCUUCCUCUUCUCCAUCGAGACGGAGACCACCAUCGGCUACGGGCACCGCGUCAUCACGGACAAGUGCCCCGAGGGCAUCGUGCUGCUGCUGCUGCAGGCCAUCCUGGGCUCCAUGGUCAACGCCUUCAUGGUGGGCUGCAUGUUCGUCAAGAUCUCCCAGCCCAACAAGCGGGCCGAGACGCUGGUCUUCUCCUCGCACGCCGUCAUCUCCCUGCGGGACGACCGCCUCUGCCUCAUGUUCCGCGUGGGCGACCUGCGCAACUCGCACAUCGUGGAGGCCUCCAUCCGGGCCAAGCUGAUCAAGUCCAAGCAGACGCAGGAGGGCGAGUUCAUCCCGCUCAACCAGACGGACAUCAACGUGGGCUUCGAGACGGGCGACGACCGCCUCUUCCUGGUCUCGCCCCUCAUCAUCAGCCACGAGAUCAACGAGCAGAGCCCCUUCUGGGAGGUCUCCAAGGAGCAGCUCAGGAAGGACGAGUUCGAGAUCGUCGUCAUCCUGGAGGGGAUGGUGGAGGCGACAGGGAUGACGUGCCAAGCACGGAGCUCGUACCUGGUGGACGAGGUGCUGUGGGGGCACCGCUUCAUGUCCGUCCUGUCCCUCGAGGACGGCUUCUACGAGGUGGACUACAACAGCUUCCACCUGACCUUCGAGGUGCCCACCCCCAGCUGCAGCGCCCGGGAGCUGUGCGACGCGGCGGCUCGCAUGGACGCCCACCUGUACUGGUCGAUCCCGAGCCGGCUGGACGAGAAAGUGGAAGACGGGACUGAGGAGAAGCAAGAGGGAGUGGAAGAUGGGCCGGAGAAGGACGGGGAAGUGGACGAUGGGGCGGAGGAGAAGCGCGAGAAAGCCGACGAUGGGCCGGAGGGCGGCACGGCGAGGAACGGCAACCUCACCAGCCUGGAGAGCGAGUCCAAGGUGUAA